UAUUCCCCAGCUUUCGGUUUUGGUUUUGUCACAUUUUACCUUCAGCAGUUAUUAAAGUUUUAAAAAAAGGAAAUUUCUCAGUAAAAUAUAAAGAAAAUGUCGUCAAUUAGCUUGUUGAAUCCUAAAGCGGAAUUUGCCAGAGCAGCUCAAGCUUUGGCCAUUAACAUUUCAGCAGGAAAAGGUUUACAAGAUGUGAUGAAAACCAACCUGGGACCUAAAGGAACUAUGAAAAUGUUGGUUUCGGGUGCAGGUGAUAUAAAAAUUACCAAGGACGGCAAUGUUUUAUUACACGAAAUGCAAAUUCAACAUCCAACUGCAUCUAUGAUUGCAAGAACCAGUACAGCUCAAGAUGACAUAACCGGUGAUGGAACUACAACUACGGUUUUAUUGAUAGGGGAGCUUUUAAAACAAGCAGAUAUAUACUUAAGCGAAGGAUUACAUCCUCGUAUAUUAACAGAGGGAUUUGAUCAAGCCAGAUCGAAAGCACUGGAGAUUUUAGAUGCAAUGAAAAUACCUAUUGAAAUAAAUAAAAAAAAUUUGACUGAAAUCGCUAGAACAAGUUUAACCACAAAAGUUCACCAGUCUUUAGCUAAUUUACUUACUGAUGUUUGUGUGGAAGCAAUUUUAGCUAUUCGGCAGGAUGAAAAACAAGUUGAUUUGCAUAUGGUUGAAAUUAUGGAAAUGCAACAUAAAACUGAUACGGAUACAACGUUAAUUCGCGGUAUUGUCAUGGAUCAUGGUUCUAGACAUCCUGACAUGCCAAAAAGAUUAGAAAAAUGUUACAUAUUAACAUGCAAUGUCUCCUUAGAAUAUGAAAAAUCUGAAGUUAAUUCUGGAUUCUUUUAUAAAACCGCUGAGGAACGCGAAAAGUUUGUUAAAGCAGAAAGGGAUUUCAUAGAUCAGCGAGUACAAAAAAUUAUUGCGUUGAAAAAAAAAUUAUGCGAUGGGACUGAUAAAAAUUUUGUCGUUAUCAAUCAGAAAGGAAUCGAUCCAAUGUCUUUAGAUGCUUUAGCUAAAGAAGGAAUUAUAGCAUUGCGGAGAGCAAAAAGGAGAAAUAUGGAGCGAUUAUCUUUAGCUUGCGGUGGAAUAGCUCUUAAUUCAUUGGAAGAUAUUCAGGAAUCCAAUUUAGGGUAUGCUGGAGUUGUUUAUGAACAUGUUCUAGGAGAGGAUAAAUUUACGUUUGUCGAAGAAUGUUUAAAUCCGCGGUCUGUUACAAUUUUGAUUAAAGGGCCAAAUAAAUAUACUUUACUUCAAAUAAAAGACGCUAUUCAUGAUGGUCUUAGAGCUAUUAAUAAUGCACUUGAAGAUAAAUGUUUGAUUCCUGGCGCUGGUGCUUUUGAAAUUCGUGCAUACAAUCAAUUAAUGAAAUACAAGGAUACAGUUAAAGGAAAAACUCGGCUUGGUAUUCAAGCCUUCGCUGAAGCAUUACUUAUUGUUCCAAAAACUUUGGCUAUUAAUAGUGGAUAUGAUGCACAGGAUACAAUAGUUAAACUGACGGAAGAAGAUCGUCUUAAUCCUGAUCCAGUAGGAAUCGAUCUAGCUUCGGGGGAAGCAAUGAAUCUUAAAAAUGCAGGAAUUUGUGACAAUUAUAUUGUAAAGAAACAAAUUCUGAAUUCUUGUGCAGUCAUAGCAAGUAAUCUCUUACUGGUUGAUGAAAUCAUGAGAGCUGGUAUGACAAGCCUUAAAGGGUAAAUUAUCAAUAGCAAUAAAAAGCUAUGGUAAUUUUCCCUUACAUUAUUUUCAGAAUAAUGUAAAUCUUAAAUAAUAAACUUAUUUUCAAAUUCAAACAAAACUUCAUCUAAUGUAUUAACUUUCAUAAAACUUUCUAUUUUCACCCAUUAAUAAUAAAAGUUUUUGAAACUA